AUGCAGCGGUUCGCUGUUUGGUUCGGUGCACCAGCUAUUGCGUGCCUUGGCUUCCGGACCCACGUUAUCAUCUCCAGGAAAGCGCCCGAAGAGCCCCGCCAAGAUCAAGAGGAAGAGGGCCGUCUCGUGAAGAUCGAGAAGACGCUUGCGCGACGAGAGGGCCUCCUGCAAGCAAUAGCCGCCAAUGUUGGUGUGGAAAUUGACGACGACGACUUAGCCCCCGUGCCACCGUCGGAGAGCGAGGAGCAGGCCACACGGCCUUCCGAGAGCAUGGAACAGCCAACGUAG